GAGAUAACAACCAUGCUGCAGGGAACGUACAUCAACUACUUUCAUUGUCUGAGAAUCGUUGAUCUGCUCAAGGAGACAGAAGCGGGAAGUAAAAACAUGUUUGGGAGAUCGCAGCGCAUGAAGCUGAAGUCGCGCAAAUCUUGAUGAGGAAUGUUAAUUAUGAGGUAACUGCACUGAAGAAACAGAUCGUGAAAUGUAAACAGAUUCAGAAGGAUAUGGGCAAUAAGAUAAAAUCAGAGCUGUUAUCGUUAGUGAAACAUCUUCCUGCCGAGUUUGAUAAAAUAACAACAGCUACCAGGGACCUCAAAGAACCAGUCAACUUGUAUGAAAUGUUCAUCGAGUUCACAUUAAAAAAGACGCCAGACACGUUGUCCUGUCCAGCACACCCAAUGCUGCCCAACCGGUUUAUCACAAGAUACGACGUGAACACCACAAUGAAGCCCCGACGUCCUCUGAAAUUUCAAGAAAUGGUUGGGUUUGGUCAAGGGACUGGUAUUGGAUCUGAUAUAUUAUCAUUAUUGUCACACCUUUUCGCUAAAUAUGAGGUCUUGAAAAUGCUUGGUAUUGCUCCUUGUGAGGUGUUACCCAACGUUAAUGACGCCUGUCUGUAUAAGUGGUACAUACUUGACACCUAUGGCGAAGGAUGAGCCAGUUAUUUUCGAGUUUGUACUUUGGGUGCAUCUCGUUCCUCGGGUUGCAUUGCGCCCGCGACCCCAUAGGAGUUCCUGGUCUUGUCUCUUCGCCCCCAACCCCGAUAAACUCUAUGUACCGUGAACGAAUGCUCAUCAGGUCGACAGUUAUUUGACGACGUAAAUCCAUCCAUAUUAACUGGCGCUGCGGCUGCGCUCAAUAGACUCCGUUGGGGAGUCUGAGCCUGAUAGGGUGUACCAGUCCAGCCGGUUAUGUACGGUUGGUAUGCUCUAUGAUAUGGAUCUCCAGCCACCUGUCAGCUAGGGGCAGACCCCAGUGUCUCAACCCUGGGUCUCAGAGGCGGUAACUUCUAGUCAGGCAGCGCGCUAUGUCUGGUUAGGCGACAUGGGUUACCAGGGCAUCCACAGCCAAAAUGGUUUGCACAUGAAGGUCAUCGCGACCGACUUGUGAGGGGGAAGAAGUGAUGUCCAUGGCGGUUUCAAAUUGAUCUGACGACCCCCGCGUCUUCUGGACAGGGAGGGGUUCAUGUGGCCAAAUCCUGUCAGCUAAAUCCUAUCGUUAGCAUCGUUCGCGGUUCAUGGAAACCAAGGGCAUGGAACCCUUUUUUGUCUUGGUUUAAUUUCUCUGAGGAUUUCAAUGAUGAUAUAUAUAUUUAGAUCCACAGGUAUAGUCGGUACAUGUGGCGACUCGCCACAUGAACAUUUUAAAAGUUUUUUUCGAGCAUUGUUAAAAGUUAUGAGAAUAAAUUUCUUCUUUGGACGUGUUUUUUUUACCAGAAUGACAAUCAAAAAGUUUGUCACUGGAGAAUUUCCCCAUCCCCCACCCCAGCCCUAGAAUAAUAUACAGACUAAAUAGUAUCUUUGGACUGUGCUGGUAAUAUAGGUCAGUCACGAAAAAUAAAAUAUAUAUUGGACUGUACUGGUAAUAUAGGUCAGUCACGAAAAAUGAAAUAUAUAUUGGACUGUACUGGUAAUAUAGGUCGGUCACGAAGAAUAGAAUGAUAUUGGACUGUACUGGUAAUAGAGGUCGGUCACGAAAAAUGAAAUAUAUAUUGGACUGUACUGGUAAUAUAGGUCAGUCACAAAAAUAUCUGAAAGUCUGUGCCCCAUUGUUGACGAAUAUAAUAUCGUGAGGACUUUAUCAAUAGUCACGGUCCCUGGCCCCUCCCACAUAAAAAUCAUUAGCAAGGUCACUGCAGGCAAUAGCUUCAGCAUUGUUAUUGUAUAAACAUGUCUUAAACAUUAUAAACGGCCCUAUUUGUGGGGUUACAUUGGGUUCUUGCUGGGGUAAUGAUGUCCAUGUCCGAUUCUGCGUUUUGUGGACUUGUAAAUCAGUCCAGCAGUGACAUUGCGUUUUGUGGACAUAUAAGUCUGUCCCGCAGUACCAAGUUUCACCCAGCAAUAACCAAAAAGACCUGCACGUGACCUUAAAGUAAAUAGCUGUGCAAGUGUUGUCGAGACAAAACGCGAUGUAUGCAUUGGAAGAAGGAAAUCUGCGAAGAGUAGCAGGAACUGUCUGUCCAGCUCUCGUCUAUGAAACAAUGGGCGAUUUGAAAGACGUCUCCUGAACAGAUCGCCCAUUGUUCACUGAAGCAGCAGUCGAAUUGUCUCCAAUUUUUUCAGGGGGAUUGCUCCAUCUCGUGUGGUUUCGCUGUCCCGUCCCAAGAAUCGAGCCAACGCGACCGAGGCCACUUCUGAGAGAUAAAUAUUCAGGAUGCCAGAUUUGU